CAUUUUCGCUAGCGAUUAUGGAGCGAAAUGGUUUUGUGUUUCGUAAUAAACACGUUAUGUUUACAACUGGUAUUAAAACGGAAAACAGAAUUAACGAUAAAGACGUUUUAAUUGAAACAGAUGGCACGUUUAUAUUAGUCGGUUGGUAUAAAUAACACAGUUGUUUUGAUUUUCCUUUACAAUGGAUCAUGAGGAUAAGAGUUCAGAUUUCACGAGAGUUGUUGACUCUGUAAUGAGUUUAUUCGGUGAAGUGAUGACCAGAGAUGCAGUCUGCGCAAUUGUGGAGCACUGUGGAGGGGACUUGACUGAAGCAAUUGAUAUUAUUGUCAACAUGUCAGAUGAUUCUUCUGUCAGUGAAUUAUCAAAUAAUGCUCCAACACCCGCUCAAACCAUUGCAUCUUCACACAAUGUUGCGGGAAAUCUAACUGUCUCACCAAAACCACAGAAUACUGGAACUGUGGAACUCAUAAUUAAAGAGACAGAAAGUCUAUUUGUAACAAGAGACCCAGAAAACGCCAAUAUGCUGGUAUUACAACCUGGAUUAUCAUAUUCUGGAGCGUCACAAUCCAAAGGAGCUUACCCCAAACAGCUUCCUAAACAAGGACACAUCAACUCGCAAAUAAGUAUAUGGACGCCACAAACUAAACAAAUUGUUGAAUACCACAAUAAAGGGAGUAGAACUUUGAUUUUAAUGAGAGGUCUACCUGGGAGCGGCAAGUCUUCCUUAGCACGGCAACUAGUUGAAACGAUGUGCCCAGGCAUGAAUUAUAAAUCAUUCAUAUUUAGCACCGACGACUUUUUCAUGCAUAGGGGAAGAUAUGAAUUUCAGAAGUACAUGCUUCCCGAGGCACACUUAUGGAAUCAAAAUAAGGUACAAGAAGCAAUUGGACGCGGUUUAAGCCCUAUUUUCGUCGAUAAUACUAACGUGGAGAUACGGCACAUGGAGCCAUAUGUUAGGGCAGGACUCCGGGGAGGUUACAUAAUAGAGGUUUUAGAACCUAAUACUCCUUGGGCCAAAAAAGUAGGCCACCUGGCCCGAAAAAAUUCACAUGAUGUCAACAUUUCGACUUUAAAACGACUGCUGGAUUCCUUUCAACAUUGCCCGAGCGGUGCUUUUAUAAUACAAAUUUUUGGGUUAUCAUAUCCUGGAGAUAAAGUCCCUCCAGUAAUGAGGAAUAUUCCACCUAUUUUUGAACAAGACCAACAUGAUGCUCCAUCUCCACAUCAAACACGUCAAAACCAGGUUGAAUCGGCGGGAAGUCAGUCACGCCAGGCAUUUGAAGUGAGGCAAAAUCUUCCAUAUGUUUUGAAGACUCAUGCGAUACAGCAGGAACGUCCUACUACAAGCCACAGCCGAGCUGACGAUGCUUCAAAUAAUGCACACUUGAGUCUAGCGUCAAAUCAGACACAUGCCGCUCCUACUCAGGCAAACUUCUUAUCACCUACGCAACAAUGUUCACAUAAAGAACGUAUUAUAGAAACGAUGAUACAAGAAAUAUCUGGCGAUAUUUCCUCUGUAACUACCAAUGACGCUGAAACAGUUCAUGUCAAUGAUCCAAUCCAUAAAGUUGAGUUUGUAAAACUUGAAGAUGUGCGAAAGCAGUUAGAGCAAAUUGAAAAACUUGAAGAAGAAUGGGAAAAUGGAGAUGCGUGGAAUGAUGAUUUAAAAUCAACAGCAAAUUCUCUCUCUGUAAAUGCUCCAGAGUUUGUUCCUAAACAACCUAGAAAUGCUAAACUUAAUUCUACAGAAACAGAUAGAUUUUUGCCAUCCAGUCCCCAUUAUAACGAUUGGUCAAAGAUUUCAAUGUUCAUGCCAUCAUGGACUGAAUGUCAACCUACUAGUUUACUGGACACACCAAAUGUUGAAGUAAAGACGGCAACAAGUGGCACUAGUGUAGAAUUUGGAGACACUGACGUCAAUAAUACAACCUUUAAAAUUCUUAUCGCUACACCUAGAGAUAUUAACUUUUACUACACGGGAUUAAAUGAAGAAAAGAUUCCUAAUAAACGAAUGUUGGACAAAAGCAGUAUGACGAAUGAUCACGAUCACAUCGCGAUUGAAACUGUUAGGUGCAAAAAUGAAGAGAAACACUUUAUUGCUUUUAGAAAACUGUUCAAGAAUAUAUCCAAAGUGGAAUUGAGAGAUAUAUUUGACAAAUGUGUAGGCGAUGUAAACUGGGCUGUUGACAUUGUUCUAGACGGCAUGGCUAAUAAUCAAUUGCACACUAGCACUGGAGACAUUUCGGAUACAGAAGAUUUUGACGACGAACAGUGCGACUGUCUAGCAGCAUACAAUAUAAUACCGAACGUUAAUACACAGCCGAAAUCAACUAUACCCAUUCCAGAUCUAAGCCCAACUGAACUCGCACCAGGAAUAUCAGGACCUAGUACACCUAAAUUGAAAAAAGAGAAGAAUCUUUCGGAAUCCUCUAUACAGCUAAAACGUCAAAUAGAGCAAAACGUAGUUAUAUCUGACAGUCAUUACUCUGACCAUUGCCUUAAAAUAAGAAAAAUGCGCCGCGGUGAAGUGGACGAUGGUCAAGGAGGUGCACUUCAACAAGAAACAGAAGAUAGAGAAAGAUACAGUCCUAUAGCUUCCACAAGUUCCACAUCAACUGCUGCCGAAACUGUAGCGGAGUCUUAUUUGAGUACUGAUGAUGAUGAUUCUCAAACCGCUUGCAGUGAUGACGGCGAAAGAGUUAUCAACGUUGAUUUGGGAGCAGUGUUUAUUUCAGAGCUUGACCACAUGUUUGGCCGGAACGAUAUGCUAUACCCAGAUAACAUACUGACAAGAGUGAACAUGCCAGUUUCCUUGCUAAAUGAAAUUAACGCUCUUUGGAUUGAGUCGUUUAUGUAUCAAUUAGAUGAGCAGUCGCGGCAGUCGGAAAUAAUGCUACGCCAAGAUGAAGAAUUUGCGAGGCAGUUGGCUUUAAAAGAAGAACAAUUGGCCAAAGCGGGACAAGAACCUGCCGUUCCAGACUUAAAAGACAUUAUGGACAUGGAACUAGCGCUGUCCAUUUAUAAGAAGGAGAUAAUGGCAGAAUGGCGCAAUAAUGUGCCAAAUGAUUUGGCGGCUAGAAUGACGAGAGAGAAACUGUACAAUUUGUUCCCUGACGUGAAUCCAGAAAUUCUCUCCGAACUUCUUAUGGCUCAUGAAAAUAAUUUCCAAGCUACUGUUGAGGUAUUAUUAUCAUCAACUGGCAAUGCCAAAAUACUGGAAGAAGAAAAUGGUGUAGCAAAAUUUAUAACUACAAAAGAACUAGAACGCCAUGAAAAAUUGAUUGAAGAACAAAAAAAGGCGCUAUCGGAAGUGGAGUGGCCCUUGCUACCCAAAGAUGACAAGGUUGACAUGAGCAUGGUGCAGGAGUACCGAGCCAAAGCCAGCGAACAUUUGGAGCAGCGGAAUCUGUACCGACUGCGAGCCGAAAGCUACCUGGCGCGCAACAUGCCUCAAAUCGCCACGUACUACUCCGAUGUGUCGGUGUUGCAUAAGAAGAAGUUCGACCACGCCAACAGCUUGGCGGCUGCCUCCCUGAUGCAGGUCCACGCAGCAAAGAACACGGACAAAUCCACAAUAGACCUCCACUUCAUGCGCGUCCUCGAAGCCAAAGAGACGCUGGACCUGUUCCUCGACUCCCACAUUCGCAAGUUGCGGGAGUCGCAGGCAAAAGGGCCUCGGUUCCACACGCUGUUCUUUAUAACGGGCCGGGGCCUGCACAGUCCGGGGGGGCCGGUCAUCAAGCCGGCCACCAAACGGAGGCUUCGUGAGAGGGGCAUAGCAUAUUCUGAACGCAACCCGGGCCUGCUGACAUCGCGAGUGUGCGCCGAGGACAAGCUGACCCACGAGUUCCAAUAGUACGCGC